AUGCCCGAAACGACUGGUAUCGCCAAUGGCAGCAAGCGUACAGUGGCCAAAAUGAACGGGAAGGCAACGUACGCAGAGAAGCACAAGGUCGCCGACCACUUCAUUGGCGGCAAUAGCCUGGCAAAUGCUCCACCGUCCAAGGUGAAGGAUUUUGUCGCUUCCCACGAUGGCCACACUGUCAUUACAAACGUCCUCAUCGCAAACAACGGAAUCGCCGCCGUCAAGGAAAUCCGGUCUGUCCGAAAAUGGGCGUACGAAACAUUCGGCGACGAGAAGGCCGUCCAGUUCACCGUGAUGGCCACGCCCGAAGAUCUGCAGGCGAAUGCCGACUACAUCCGAAUGGCGGACCACUACGUCGAGGUUCCGGGCGGCACAAAUAACCACAAUUACGCCAAUGUGGAACUGAUCGUGGACAUUGCCGAACGGAUGAAUGUCCACGCCGUGUGGGCAGGAUGGGGUCACGCCUCAGAGAACCCGAAAUUGCCAGAGUCGCUGGCAGCAUCACCGAAGAAGAUCAUCUUCAUCGGGCCCCCCGGCUCGGCCAUGCGAUCGCUAGGUGACAAGAUUUCCUCGACCAUCGUUGCCCAACACGCGGAUGUGCCCUGCAUUCCGUGGUCGGGAACCGGCGUCAACCAAGUCGAUGUUGACGAGCACGGCCUCGUAACCGUCGCGGACGAUGUCUACACAAAGGGCUGUGUCACCUCGUGGCAGGAGGGUCUUCAGAAGGCAAAGGAGAUCGGCUUCCCUGUUAUGGUCAAGGCCUCCGAAGGCGGCGGCGGCAAGGGCAUCCGGAAGUGCGUAAGCGAGGAGGGGUUCGAAGAGCUGUACAAGGCUGCUGCCAGCGAGAUCCCCGGUUCCCCCAUCUUCAUCAUGAAGCUUGCCGGCAACGCGCGGCACUUGGAGGUCCAGCUGCUCGCGGAUCAGUAUGGGAACAACAUCUCCGUCUUCGGUAGAGAUUGCUCAGUUCAGCGGCGACACCAGAAGAUUAUCGAGGAGGCCCCCGUCACAAUUGCCAAGCCGGACACGUUCAAGGCCAUGGAGGAUGCUGCGGUCAGACUGGGCAAGCUUGUCGGCUACGUCUCGGCCGGAACUGUCGAGUAUCUCUACUCCCACGCCGAUGACAAGUUCUACUUCCUCGAGCUCAAUCCCCGUCUGCAGGUCGAGCACCCGACGACCGAAGGUGUCAGCGGCGUCAACCUGCCUGCCGCCCAGCUGCAGAUUGCCAUGGGUCUUCCGCUCCACCGGAUCCGCGACAUCCGACUCCUCUACGGCGUCGACCCCAAGACCUCGACUGAGAUCGACUUCGAGUUCAAGACUCCCGAGAGCGAGAAGACACAGAGGCGGCCGACUCCAAAGGGCCACCUUACUGCCUGCAGAAUCACGUCCGAGGAUCCUGGCGAGGGUUUCAAGCCAUCCAACGGUGUCAUGCACGAGUUGAACUUCCGAAGCAGCUCCAACGUGUGGGGUUACUUCUCCGUUGGCACGGCCGGUGGCAUUCACAGUUUCUCCGACUCUCAGUUCGGCCACAUUUUCGCCUACGGAGAGAACCGAUCGGCGUCGCGAAAGCACAUGGUCAUUGCGCUGAAGGAGCUGAGUAUCCGCGGCGAUUUCCGGACGACGGUCGAAUAUCUCAUCAAGCUGCUCGAGACAGAGGCAUUCGAGGAUAAUACCAUCACCACCGGCUGGCUGGACGAGCUGAUCUCGAACAAGCUGACGGCCGAGCGCCCUGAUCCAAUGCUGGCAGUCGUUUGCGGAGCUAUCACAAAAGCCCACAUCGCCAGCGAGCAAUGCAUCGCCGAGUAUCGCAACAGCCUAGAGAAGGGCCAAGUCCCGUCCAAGGAGAUACUCAAGACCGUCUUCCCCAUCGAUUUCAUCUACGAGGGGUACCGGUACAAAUUCACCGCCACACGGUCCAGCCUCGACAGCUACCAUCUCUUCAUCAACGGUUCCAAGUGCACUGUCGGCGUCCGCGCGCUCAGCGACGGUGGCCUGCUGAUCCUGCUUGACGGGCGAAGCCACAAUGUCUACUGGAAGGAAGAAGUCGACGCAACUCGCAUGUCGGUGGACAACCGGACAUGUCUCCUGGAGCAGGAGAACGACCCGACUCAGCUCCGGUCGCCCAGCCCAGGCAAGCUUGUCAAGUACUCGGUCGUGAAUGGGCAGCACGUCAAGGCCGGCCAGACAUUUGCCGAGGUCGAGGUCAUGAAGAUGUAUAUGCCCCUGGUUGCGCAGGAGGAUGGCGUUGUCCAGCUUAUCAAGCAGCCCGGCGCCACUCUCGAGGCUGGUGAUAUCCUGGGCAUCCUCGCGCUGGAUGACCCGAGCCGAGUGAAGCAGGCCGAGUCCUUCGUUGGUCAGCUCCCCGAGUUCGGCCCGCCCGUCGUUGUCGGCAACAAGCCCGCGCAGAGAUUCCACGUGCUCUUCAACAUCCUGAAGGAUAUCCUCCUAGGAUUCGACAACCAAGUCAUCAUGGCUCAGACCCUCGACGAGCUCAUCCAAGUCUUGCGGAACCCCGAGCUGCCGUACAGCGAGUUCGCCGCCCAGUUCUCCGCCCUCCAUGCUAGGAUGCCCAACAAGCUUGACGCUCAGUUCACCCAGGUCCUGGACCGUGCCAAGUCCAGGCAGAACGAGUUCCCGGCAAAGAGUCUCGUCAAGGUCUUCCAGAAGUUCCUGGACGACAACGUCGCACCCGGCGAUGCCAACACGCUGAGGGACACCCUGGCUCCGCUCACACAAGUUCUCGAUCUCUACACCGAGGGCCAGAAGGUGCGUGAGCUGAAUGCCAUGACCGAGCUGCUUGGUAUGUACACCGACACCGAGCGUCUCUUCUCCGGUCGCCGAUCGCAAGACGAGGAGGUCAUCCUGAAACUCCGCGACGACAACAAGGAGGACACGCAAAAGGUCGUCCAGACGGUCCUUUCGCACAGCAGGGUAGCGGCGAAGAAUUCUCUGGUCCUGGCCAUCUUGGAAGAGUAUCGCCCCAACAAGCCAAACGUCGGCAAUGUGGGCAAAUACCUACGGCCUCUUCUGCGCAAGCUGGCGGAGCUGGAGUCGCGCCAGACGGCAAAGGUCUCGCUGAAGGCGCGCGAGAUUCUCAUCCAGUGCGCCCUCCCUUCGCUCGAGGAGCGCAGGGCCCAGUUGGAGCACAUUCUGAGAUCGUCUGUCGUCGAGUCCAGAUACGGCGAGAGCGGCUGGGACCACCGGGAGCCAAACCUGGACAUCAUCAAGGAGGUCGUCGACUCCAAGUACACCGUCUUCGACGUCCUGACCCUGUUUUUCGCCCAUGACGACCCGUGGGUCUCCGUUGCAGCCCUCGAGGUCUAUGUCCGCCGCGCCUAUCGUGCCUACAUCCUCAAGCACAUCGAGUACCACGGCGACGAGACCGACACGCCGUCUUUCGUGUCUUGGGAUUUCACCCUCCGCAAGAUUGGCCAGUCCGAGUUUGGCCUGCCUCUGCAGUCGGGUGCUCCGCCGUCGCCGGCGACCCCGAUCGACUACGGUGUUAGUGGUGUUAAGCGUAUCAGCUCAAUCAGCGACAUGUCGUACCUCAGCCACAAGUCCCAGGAGGAGCCCAAUCGCAAGGGUGUCAUUGUGCCCUGCAAGUACCUCGACGAUGCCGAUGACUUGCUGGCCAAGGCUCUCGAGACCCUCCCUCUCUCGGGACCCCGAAACCGAAAGAAGUCUGGGCUGAUCCCCGACCUCAAUGGCAAGCGUCGCCCACCGCCUCCGCGUCUGGAGAGCUUCGACGAGCUCUCUGCCGUCGUCAAUGUCGCCAUCCGCGACGCCGAGCGCCGUGACGACCAGGAGAUCCUCGACGACAUCCAUGCCAUCGUCGAGCAAUUCAAAGACGAGCUCCUGGCCCGCCGUGUGCGUCGGCUGACAUUCAUCUGCGGCCGGAAUGAUGGCUCCUACCCGGGGUACUACACCUUCCGCGGUCCCGAAUACGCCGAGGACGACAGCAUUCGUCACAUCGAGCCUGCGCUCGCUUUCCAGCUUGAGCUCGGACGCCUCUCCAAGUUCAAGAUCAAGCCCGUCUUUACGGAGAACAAGAACAUCCACGUGUACGAGGCUGUUGGAAAGGGCGUCGAGACCGACAAGCGGUACUUCACCCGCGCCGUCAUCCGGCCGGGCCGCCUGCGAGACGAGAUCCCGACGGCCGAGUACCUCAUUUCCGAGGCUGACCGCGUCAUCAACGACAUCUUCGACGCGCUGGAGAUCAUUGGGAACAACAACUCGGACCUGAACCACAUGUUCAUCAACUUCACGCCCGUGUUCCAGCUGCAGCCUCAGGAGGUCGAGCACUCGCUGCAGGGCUUCUUGGACCGCUUCGGCCCCCGCGGCUGGCGUCUGCGCGUUGCCCAGGUCGAGAUCCGCAUCAUCUGCACGGAUCCGACCACGGGCAUGCCGUAUCCCCUGCGUGUCAUCAUCACCAACACGUCGGGAUACGUCAUCCAGGUCGAGAUGUAUGCCGAGCGCAAGUCGGAGAAGGGCGACUGGGUGUUCCACUCGAUUGGCGGCACCACCAAGAUCGGCUCCAUGCACCUGAUGCCCGUCUCCACCCCGUAUCCGACCAAGAACUGGCUUCAGCCCAAGCGGUACAAGGCGCACUUGAUGGGCACCCAGUAUGUCUACGACUUCCCCGAGCUCUUCCGCCAGGCGAUCCAGAACAGCUGGAAGAAGGCCGUCAGCAAGCACCCCAGCCUCGCCGAGAAGCAGCCUGCUGUCGGGGACUGCAUUGACUACAACGAGCUUGUGCUCGACCAGGACAACCUCGCCGAGGUGUCUCGUGAUCCCGGCACCAACACCCACGGCAUGGUCGGCUGGCUCAUGAACGCCCGCACUCCCGAGUACCCCCGUGGCCGCAAGUUCGUCGUCGUCGCCAACGACAUCACCUAUCAGAUCGGCUCCUUCGGGCCCAAGGAGGACGACUUCUUCAACAAGUGCACCGAGCUCGCUCGGAAGCUUGGCAUCCCUCGCAUCUACCUCUCGGCAAACUCUGGCGCGCGCCUGGGCCUGGCAAACUCGCUGAUGCCCCACUUCAGUGUUGCCUGGAACGACGCUACGAACCCGGAGCUGGGCUUCAAGUAUCUCUACCUCAACGACGAGGCCAAGAAGCGCUUCGAGAACGAUGUCAUCACCGAAGAGGUUGUCGAGGAUGGCGAGAAGCGACACAAGAUUGUCACCAUCAUCGGCGCCGAGGAUGGCCUGGGUGUCGAGUGCCUGCGCGGCUCGGGUCUCAUCGCUGGUGCGACGAGCCGGGCGUACAACGACAUCUUCACGGUCACGCUCGUUACCUGCCGAUCAGUUGGGGGGAAUUGUGCUAACGGCUCGAUGAUAGGUAUCGGUGCUUACCUAGUCCGGCUUGGUCAGCGUGCAGUUCAGAUCGAGGGCCAGCCCAUCAUCCUCACUGGUGCACCUGCUCUGAACAACCUACUCGGCCGCGAGGUCUACACGUCUAACCUGCAGCUUGGUGGCACGCAAAUCAUGUACCGCAACGGUGUCUCCCACCAAACCGCCAACGACGACUUCGCCGGUGUCUCCAAGAUCGUUGAGUGGAUGUCGUUCGUCCCUGACAAGCGCAACAGCCCGGUGCCGAUCAGCCCAAGCAUUGACACGUGGGAUCGAGACAUCGUCUAUACCCCGCCCCAGAGGCAGCCCUACGAUGUCAGGUGGAUGAUCGCCGGCAAGGAGGACGAAGACGGAUUCCAGCCCGGUCUCUUCGACAAGGACUCGUUCGUCGAGACUCUUGGCGGAUGGGCGCGCACCGUCGUCGUCGGCCGCGCCCGCCUCGGUGGCAUCCCCAUGGGUGUCAUCGCCGUUGAGACGCGGUCGGUCGAGAACAUCACGCCGGCCGACCCGGCCAACCCGGACUCGAUCGAGCAGGUGGCCAACGAGGCCGGCGGGGUCUGGUAUCCCAACUCGGCCUUCAAGACGGCCCAGGCCAUCAACGACUUCAACUAUGGCGAGCAGCUGCCACUCAUGAUCCUGGCCAACUGGCGCGGCUUCUCGGGCGGCCAGCGCGACAUGUACAACGAGGUCCUCAAGUACGGAUCGUUCAUUGUCGACGCUCUCGUCAAGUUCGAGCAGCCCAUCUUCGUCUACAUCCCGCCGUUUGGCGAGCUCCGUGGUGGCUCGUGGGUCGUGGUCGACCCCACCAUCAACCCCACCGCCAUGGAAAUGUACGCCGACGCCGAGGCGCGCGGCGGCGUCCUCGAGCCGGAGGGCAUCGUCGGCAUCAAGUACCGCAAGGACAAGCAGCUCGACACCAUGGCGCGCCUGGACCCCGUCUACGGCAGCCUGAGGAAGCAGCUCGCCGAGAACGGCCUCUCCAAGGAGCAGACGGACGAGCUGAAGAUGAAGAUGACGGCCCGCGAGGAGCAGCUCCUGCCCGUCUACGCGCAGAUCAGCAUCCAGUUCGCCGACCUGCACGACCGCGCCGGCCGCAUGAAGGCCAAGGGCGUCAUCCGCGAUGUGCUCGAGUGGCAAAACGCCCGGCGCUUCUUCUACUGGCGCGUCCGCAGACGCCUCAACGAGGAGUACAUCCUCCGGCGCAUGGCCGCGUCCGUCAGCCCGGGCGGCGGCGGCAAGGCGGUGGCCAACACCGCCGCCCCGCCGUCGGGCCAGGCCAACCCGCAGGCGCGGGCGCGGCACCUGCAGCUGCUGGCGGCGUGGUGCGGGGUGGAGAACUUCGACCGCAGCGACCGUGAGGUGGCGGUGUGGUACGAGGAGAACAGGAAGGCGGUCCACGACAAGGUGGAGCUGCUCAGGGCCGAGGCCAUCACGGCCGAGAUGAGGGAGCUCGUGCGCGCGGGGGCCACGGCGGGCAAGGACGGCAACGGCGGCGGCGGGUCGGCGGCCUGGAAGGGCGUGCGCGACCUGCUGAGGGUCAUGCCUGUCGAGGAGAGGGAACAGGUGCUCAAGUUUUUGAAGGGUUGA